CAGUUCUGUAAUGCGUAAGGCCAGCCGUACAACUUGUUCAUUUAAGGAGUGACUGCAGCCAAAACUGUGUGUUGAUGGUAAAACACUAUCAUAACUACAAAACAAAGCAUAACCACGUUCACCUGAUCAGGCUGAAAACUCAGCCUGGUAGCAACGCGCACAUGGCCCCGCGAGCGGCAUCGAAUGCGUGCCGUCUCCUUCUGACUGUUACGCGAACCGAAGCAUUCGUGCGCGAAGCGUCUCAAGUUUUCGGCGACAAGCAGAGGCCGCAGCCGCCACCGUUACGACGUCGCCGUCGUCGUUUUUUUCCCACGUCCCACAAGCGGCGACAAUGUGGUUGGCCCGUACGCUGCUCCCUCGCGCACCCGUUCGCCCCCUGCAAGAGGAACGCUGCCAAGGACCGUGCGUGCGUGCGCGCGCGACCGCGUGCUCCGUAGACGCCGUCCUUUCCGCACCUCACGGGCGCUGCGCUCUUUUCUUUCCGCACGUACUACGCACACACGCACCUACGAAGGGGCCACGCCACGCUCGUCAUGCGGCGCAUCCCGGUCCACUUCUGGUAUCUUUUGGCAGCGGUCUUCUCCAAACCGAGCGUCGCAGAAGAGGUGGCUCCAGCAAUACAGCAAAUAAUCGCCUCCACCAAGGUCAACGCCGGCGAAAGGGCCACCGCUGCGUGUCUACUGAAGCGAGGUUCCGAGCCUCUGACGUUUCAGUGGCUGAGGAGCAACGUGGACGCGUCACUGUUGCCCGACGUGAGGGUGAUGCGCUUCGAAGACUAUCUGCUCUUGGUCAUAGACCCUGCCAGCGCGGAGUCUUCAGGAAACUACACUUGCGCAGCGACCAACGCUUUCGGAAGCGACACUCAGACAGCCCACAUCGAAGUAUCGGUUCCACCGGUGUGGAAGAAAGUUCCCGGAGACAUUGAAGUUCGCCAGGGAAACAACAGGAGCUUCCAGUGCAUCGCGUAUGGCUCUCCUAAGCCGAACGUCACGUGGUCCAAAGUAGAAGGUACUCACUUCCUUUACUUCAUUGCAGUGUUCACUCGUCCAGAGCAAGUCGCUAUCCUGGCACACUGUCUAUGCUAGAAAAACGACUUUAUAUGAGCCCCUAGUUCGAAGUUUUAAGGACAGGGUACGUGCCCAGCAGUGGAAAACUACUGAGGAAAACACCAAACUAUGGCUCGACAGCACCGGCGUAAAAGUAAUUUAUACAUAAUACACGUCCGCUUAGUGAAAGGAUUAUUCUGGAAGGAGCAACCCGAUAAAGCAACGUAACAAAGGAGAGGUUCAAAGUUUUUUUAAACAUUGUACUAGUGGAAGGAAAACGCCAUUGUUUGAACGACAAGAUCCAUGUACUUUAGGGCAAAAAGAAAUUUAAGCCCAAGAUAAUGCAGCGAAGUAAAUCCAAUAACGAAGUAAAUCGAAUAAAAAGCGAAAUCAAUGAGCAAAGUUGUGAUAGUUAGCAUUUCAUAAGCCAAUGUAUGGUCCGGCUCUGCGCAAGGGCUGGUGAGAGUGAAGCGGACAAUUCGCAGUGCAAAUGUGUCCCCGCAGUAUCCCCUCGAUUCAGAGCUGAGGAGACAGAAUGUUACAGUAAGCU